UAAUGAGCCUAGUAAAGCUUCUUCUUUCUUCUCUCAUCGCCGCUGCAGCAGCAGCAAUCAGCACUUCUGCUGCAGUUCAAUACUCUGUCAUCAACAAUGCUGCCGGGACUCCUGGUGGAGACAUAUUCAACAACCAGAUAGGCGUCAGUUACACGAGCGGAGUCCUCUCUGACUCCACCAGCUUCAUAUGGACUAUCUUCAACCAGAACGUUGAUUCAGAGCGAAAGAGCGUGGACCACGUAACCCUCAUCGUCAACAGCUUCAACGGAGUCGCUUACACUUCCAACGAUGAGAUCCACGUGAGCUCAGAUUACAUCGCUGGCUACUCCGGCGACGUGAAGGGAGAGAUCACGGGCGUCCUGUACCACGAGAUGACGCACGUGUGGCAGUGGGACGGGCAAGGGAAGGCACCAGGGGGUUUGAUCGAAGGGAUAGCGGAUUACGUGAGGCUAAAGGCGAAUUAUGUACCGUCUCACUGGGUGAAGCCUGGGGAGGGGCAGAAAUGGGAUCAGGGGUAUGAUGUUACUGCCAGGUUUCUUGAUUACUGCGGUAGUGUGCUUAGCAGUGGUUUUGUGGCGCAGCUUAACGCCAAGAUGAGGGAUGGGUAUAGUGAUGAUUUCUUCAUGCAGUUGCUCGGCAAGGGUGUCGAUCAGCUGUGGAGUGAUUACAAGGCCUAUUAUGGUAAACAAUGAUCAUGGUAAUCAGGGCACUGUACGUGAUAUCACCCGUAUCUACUAGGUUUUAUAUGAUAAAUAAAUAAGUGAGGUGAACACAUUA